GUUGAGGUCUCUGGAUCCGUUUGGGAACUGGCAGAUAGCAGCAAGGUGAUUGACUUGGACACCUGCUCAGAGGAAAGUGGAUGUUCAGUCGCCACCAUAUCGUCUAGCUCGGAUGAGGAAGCCGCUGAGCUCAGCAGUGCCAGACGACCUCCACCGAAAGUGCCAAACCAGUUGAAGCUCUUGCAGUACAAGAAAUUCAAAACGUUACACCUCAUGGAGCUGCAGAAUCAGAGGAUCAUGCUUUGCGGUAGGUCCGAAGUCUUUCCUGACGGCUUGCCUGAUCUAAGCAGUCAUGACCAGGAACGAGUAGACAAGGCCAACCGCAGCUAUAGCCCAACUGUGGGUAUCCCUCGUGAACCGGCUGACUUCAUACGUGAUGCGGUCCGAAAAGGUCAUCCGAGAGAUAUCAUUGCGCAAGUGCCCCAAGAGAUUAAGGCCGUUGUGCAUAGCAUGCUGGAUGGAGAUAUGAAGUCCGAGCUGGUGCAACUUCUUGACAAUCUGAUUUGUGCGCAGAGGACGAUAAAUCAACUUGUCAAAGCCAUCUCGCUUGAGUCUUUACAGAAAAAGAAGGUGAUCAGCUUCACCCCAGAUUUUCUUCAGACCUUGAUGGACUUGAAGCAUGCGAUAGGGUCCUCUAAGCCUGUGGUGAUUUCCAAAACUCUUUGUACCACUUGGUACGUCUUUACUGACGGCGCAUAUGAGCCUGAUUCAGAUGUUCUUGCCAGUAUUGGUGCAGUCUUGAUUUCGCCGACAGGCACUCCAGUUCAGUGCUUUGGCGAGGUCGUCCCUAAGACCUUCGUGGACGAGUUAUUGCAGCAUUCUUCUCAUCCUAUUUACGAGCUGGAAGUGCUUCCGGUAGUCAUGGCCACACGCCUGUGGAUGAAGUACCUCGCAGGAUGCCCCACAGUAUACUUCCUUGACAACGUUGCGGCCAGAGCAACGUAUAUCAAAGGUGUUGGCGCUACGCCUCCUUCCAUUCCUUUGCUCAAAGACUUUGUUCGUUUAGAAGCUAGGCUGAAGAUUUAUUCGUGGUUCGGUCGAGUGCCAAGUCAUUCGAACGUGGCGGAUUCUCCAAGCCGACUUGUCUUUGAUGACCCAGUCCUGUCGGGCUGUCCUCGAGUGCGGAUCGUGCUUCCAACUCACGUUCAUGAAAUUGGGGAUGGCUCAGGGUGA